AUGCACAUGUUACGGCAUCUGCUACUACUACAGCAAAUUGCCACUGCAACUAAAACUGCACAUGCCCUUUCAACUGCAAAAGCAACAGCAACUGCUACAGCUACAUUAUCUGCAACUGCAACUAAUAAUGCACAAGCAACGGCAACUCUAUCUUUAAAUGCAACUACGCAUAAAACUGCAGAUAAAACUGCUACUGGAACYGUACAUGCUCCGGCAAUUGCACAUUUAUCUGUAGCUAACCUAGCAAAUGCACAUUCUACAGCAAAUGUAACUGGAACUGCUACUGCACAAGCAACUGCAACUCUACAUGCAAUAGCAACCUCGUCUACAACUAAAAAUUCUACUAGAAAAGCCCUUGCCACUGCAAAUUCAAUUGCAACAGAAACUGCAACUUUGAUUUUAGGUGAUUCAGCAUAUGCAGCCUUACCUGAACGUGCAACAGCUAAUGCAACAGCAACAGCAAAUGCACAUGCACCAACAAUUGCACAUGAAUCGUUAAAGGCAACUAUACCGGCAACUGCUACUAAAACUUCCACUGCAACUGCCACUGCAAAUGAACUGCUAACUGCACCUAAAACAGCAACUGCAUCUGCAACAAUAAAUGCUACUGCAACAGCAUCAUUACUUGCUACUGCAAAUGCUUCUGCAUCUGCUAAUUUAACUAUAAAUAAAAUGGCACAUGAAACUGCAACUUUAUCUUGA